AUAACGUCAUUGGAUUAUAAUCUUUGGUUUGGGAAUGCUUUUGUAGGUGUGGUCUGGUGUAACCUCUAACCGUUUGUUUGUUUACGUUCAAAUUUUGUUAAAAGGAUAUGAGAGAUAAAAAAUGUAUUGGAAAAUAAUAUUUUAUUUUUUCAUCCCUGUUUUUUUGGUUCAGUGUGACCUUUUGGAACAAGAAGGUCAUGACUUACAGUGUCCCCAGUAUUGGGUUAAGUUUCAAAAUUCAUGUUAUAGAUUUAUCAAAUCUCCUCGUAAAUCAAGAAAUGAAGCCAAUAGAAAUUGUCAGGCUUAUGAAGCAGAACUUGCGAGUGUAAGCAGUCCAGAAGAACAUGGUUUUUUAGUUUAUCAACUAUCAUUACAAGACCCACAGCAUAGACGAUGGUAUAUUGGUGCUCGGCAGCAAAGUCCAGACUAUUGGAUAAAUGAUGGAGAUGGUUCAUCAUUAAAUGAUUUAGAUGCAGCCUUCUUGAACGAAAGAGGGAAUGACUUGGCACAAAGUUCUUAUCUUGUUUACAAAUUCUCAAAUGAAGUGAAAAGAUGGGGUUUUGAAGGUGCUAGUGGUGAAGAAGAACUGUUAUACAUAUGUGAACUUCCCAUUACAAAAGUUCAUUAUUUAGUGGUAGAUGAUAGAACAUAUCAGUAUGGUGUUGAUGUUAAAGACCCCACAAAAAUUCCACAUGGGCCAUAUUUUAUAAAACAACCUGUAGAUGUUGUUUUUGAUUUAUCUAAAGUCAAGAUUCACAAUUAUGUUACAUUAAGCUGCCUAGCUGGAGGCUACCCUACUCCUAUAUAUGAUUGGUACAAAGAAGAUUAUGUUAAUGAUGUACUUGUUGCUAAGAGAAUUGAUCCUUUGUCUGAUGAAAGAUUUACAAUUAGUGGUGGUACAUUCAUCAUAAAUUCUCCUAGACAGGUAGAAGAUAGAGGUUCAUACCAUUGUAAAGCUUCUAAUGAUUAUGGUACAAUAAUUUCUGAAACUGUUACAUUGUCCUUUGGAUCAAUUGGUGACUUUAAUCUUAAAAGGCCCCCAGAAAGUGGUAAUGAGAAUUGGGGAAAGGCUAUAGCUUGUGAUCCUCCUCAACAUUUUCCAGGAGUAAUUUAUCACUGGACAAGAGAUUAUUUCCCUAAUUUUGUAGAAGAAGACAAAAGAGUAUUUGUUUCGUUUGAUGGAGCCCUUUAUUUUUCUGCUUUAGAAACUAUUGACCAGGGAAAUUACAGCUGUUCUGUUCAGAGUCAAGUUUCUGAUACAGGCAGAAAUGGUCCCUUCUUUCCAUUAAGAGUUUUACCGAAUUCUAAUUAUCAGCAGUUAAAGUUUCCGAACAAUUUUCCCAAAGCAUUUCCAGAAGCUCCUAUUGCAGGAAAAGAAGUUCGAUUAGAAUGUGUAGCAUUCGGAUAUCCUGUACCUUCUUAUAACUGGACCAGGAAAGGAGCAUCAUUACCUAGAAGUGCAAAAGCAAUGAGUUUCAAUCGUGUUCUAAUCAUACCACAUGUUAGUGUUGAAGAUCAAGGGGAAUAUGUUUGCCGAGCCUAUAAUGGUAGAUCUUCUAUUCUACACAGUGUUCAGCUUAAUAUACAAGCGGAACCUAAUUUUACGAUUCCAUUGACUGACAAGCAUGUUGAUAAUGAAGGUGAGCUGACUUGGACUUGUGAAGCUUUUGGCAUUCCUGAUGUUACUUAUAGUUGGUUUAGAAACGGGCACUUACUUCAAAUUGACCGUCUUCCUCCUUCAGAUCAAAAUCGUUAUGCAAUCCAAGAUAAUGUUUUAACUAUAAAAUAUUUAAAUGCUGAAACAGAUCCUGCAAUGUUUCAAUGCAGAGCCCAAAACAAUCUGAAAAUAAAAUAUUCUUCUGCUCAGCUGAGAGUUUUAACUCUUCGUCCAACAUUUCGCAAACACCCUCUUGAACCAGAAACUUAUGCAGGAGAAGGUGGAAAUGUGACAAUCAAAUGCAAUCCUGAAGCAGCUCCAAGACCAAAAUUUAAAUGGAUGAAAGAUGGAAACAUUAUUGGAUCUGGUGGAAGAAGAAAAAUAUUAGAAAAUGGUAACCUUAUAAUAGCUCCAGUUUCAAGAGACGAUGAUGGUAUGUACACUUGCAUUGCAGAGAAUAUGCAUGGUACUGCUGAAAGCCAAGGAAGAUUAAUUGUACUCAGAGGACCUUCUUUGCUGGAAACUUUGCCUCCAAAAAUUGUUACCUCAAUUGGAAAGAGUAUUUAUCUCCAUUGCAAAGCUGUAACUGUAGAUAUGUUAGACCAUGCUUUUAUUUGGACUCAUAAUGGAAUAAGACUUUUCAGCUCUGCUACAGAGAAACACAGAGUUAAAAUUGAUAGCGGUUAUUUAGAAAUAAUUAAUGUGACAUUUCCUGAUGCUGGUGAUUAUGAGUGUUCAUUAAAAAGUACUGUUGGUAGAGUAUCUACUCAAACCACAAUAGUUGUCGAAGGACCUCCAGGACCACCUGGAGGUGUUCAAGUUUUGGAAAUCACCAAAAAUUCAGCAAUUAUUCAAUGGACUGACGGAGCCACCCAUGGAAAAGAAAUCACUCAUUAUUUAAUUUCUGGCCGAACCCCUUGGAACAAUAGUUGGGUUCCUAUUGCCCAAAAUAUAGUUGCAAGAGAAGUUGAUAGAUAUAAUGGUAGAAAAGAAGCUCAACUUGAAAAUGUUUUAACUCCCUAUUCAUUAUAUGAAUUUGUUGUUCAGGCUGGAAAUAUUCUAGGGCUUGGAAUAUCUUCAUUACCUUCUCCGAAAUACAGAACUCGUAGUGAUAAACCUUACAAAGUACCUGACAAAAUAAGUGGAGGUGGAGGAAAAAUCGGUGAUCUUAUUAUAACAUGGGAGCCUCUUUCAUCUAAAGACCAAAACGGACCAGGAAUUUACUAUAAAAUAUUUUGGAAACGUCAUGGUACUUCAGAAAAUGAGUAUCAGUCUCAAAAUUUAACUGGAAUGGGAAACGUAGGAAUAGCUGUAGUGAGGGUACCAUUAGAAGAUUAUUAUACUAAAUAUGAUGUGAAAGUGCAGGCAUUUAAUGCAGAUGGUGCUGGUCCUAUUUCCAAUACUACAGUCAUUUAUUCAGCUGAAGAUAUGCCACAGGUUGCUCCUCAGCAAGUAUCUGCUCGUCCUUUCAACUCUACAUCAAUCAAUGUUACUUGGACACCAAUUGAGCUUACUCGAGAAAAGAUAAGAGGAAAGCUUAUUGGACACAGGUUAAAAUAUUGGAAACAAAGUACAACAGAAGAAAAUGCAGUUUAUUAUUUGAGUAGAAGCACAAGACCAUGGUCUCUGAUUGUUGGACUUCAACCUAAUACUUAUUAUUUUGUAAAAGUAAUGGCCUAUAAUUCUGCAGGUGAAGGGCCAGAAAGUGAAAGAUUUUUAGAAAAAACCUAUAGAAAGGCUCCACAAAAACCACCUUCAUCUGUCAAUGUUUAUGGUAUUGAUCCUUCGACUGUAAGAGUUUUAUGGCGUUAUGUACAACCAAGCUUAGAUGAGGAACCUGUGAUUGGCUAUAAGGUUCGUGUUUGGGAAAUAGAUCAAGACAUGAGCACUGCUAAUGAUACAAUCGUUCCUCUGGGAUCUGUUUUAGAAGCAUAUGUGAGAAAUUUGACUCCUGGUAAAACUUAUCAUAUGCGAGUUUUAGCAUUUUCAAAUGGAGGUGAUGGAAGGAUGUCUUCGCCUACUUACACUUUUCAGAUGGGAGAUGAAGCACUAUUCCGUAACUAUGCCAGUAGAGCAUAUUACAACUCUCUCUACAUAAGUCUUCUUGUACUUUUUUAUCAUCUUAUAGUGUAAUUCAAUUUGUUUGGAUAAUAAUUAAAAAUGUAUGUAUAGUGUUAUUUCAAUUAUCCUGCCACUGAAAGUAAUGUUAUAUUAACAUUACUAUUAUUGUUAUAUAGAAAGUACAUAGUUAAAUUAUAUAUUAGUUGAAGGAAUGUGAAUAUGAAAUCAGACCGAAUUUUAUAUAUUAGAAAUUCAUGUUUACUAUAACUUGAAAUUUGAAGUUGGUUAGGAUCCACUUAAAAUAUUACUAAUUAACAUCAUAUAUUUUUUUAUAACUUUCUAUUGGUUGUUUAUUACUUAUAAACUCUAUCCAGAUAUAUUUGCAUGUAAAUGUAUUUUUGGUACUGAUUUUAGAUGUGAUAAAAUGUCCGUCCAUUGACCGCAAAAUAUAGAUUAGAUUUGUUUUUAUUAAUUAGUUUUUAUGAUUUGAUAAUCAAUGUUGUUCAUAAACGAAACCAAAUUUAAUUAUUGUAAUAUGUGUUCUGCUCAUUGGGAAAAUACUUUCAAGUUUAUGACACUGCUUAAUUGUGUUUUAGUUAUUAGUUAGUGCUAUAUGUACUGUUUUUUUUUUUUUAAUUCCUAUUAUUAAGAUAAUACUAUAUAUCAUUUAUAAUAUUAAUUUUUGUAAUUAUUUCAUCAGUGAUUGCUUUUAUGCUCUACAUGUUAUUAAAUGCAGAGCUCUGUGGUUUGUAAUUAUUCUAAAAUUGUACCUUAAUGAAUCUCUUUACAUUUUACUGUGAGUGAUUAGCUUUAGUCGAUACAAUAACCUGAAUGUGCAUAUUUUUUUUUUAUUAUUUAAUGAUAACAUUUCAGUUUUCAAUGCCUGUUGGACAGAUUUAUUUAUGCUGACCUGUACUUAUUUUCAUUAUUUAAAAUAAUGUAUAAAGUUUAUACAUGUGCUGAUUUGGAUUCAGUUACCAUUGGUCGUUCAUUAGUAAUGCAUCAUGAGAUCUGAAGUAAUAAAAAAGUUUUGUUCUAUUAUUUACCAUUCUGGUGAUAAUACAUAUAUAGCAUGUGAUUGAAUUGUUAGAUUUUAUAUAAUUUAGUUUUAAUUACCCUUUUAAAAUGAAAUAAGGUUUAUUUCAUUUUGUUCUCCUAUUAUGACUUAUUAGAAAAUGUUUUCUAAAUUUAACAUUUAUAAUUAUCAGUUCUUAUUGAUAACAAACAUUUAAUUUUUGCAAAGUUAGAUUUUUUAAAACAUAAAGGCUUUAGGCUACUUUAUGUCAAAAAGAGGUUCUUUGAUUUGAGCCAAUAAGAUAAAUUUUAUUUUACAUAGUCAAACUAAAACAGGCAAUUUUUAUAUAUUUCUUAUUAUCAUUGUUUAUUUAUUGUUUUUUCUUUCAUUUUGUUUAUUAACAUGGAUGAUAUUUGUUCGGCACCAAUUUUUUUUUAUUUCUUAAAAACAAAAUAAUAAAUUAACAUGUUUUAUGACUGGUUUUGGAUAUAAUUGAAAUAAAUCUAAUAAUUACUAAUGGUUUUGGUGUUGUGUAAUCUGAAUUUUUAUUAUUAAUGACCAAUCUUUGCAAAAAUUGUAAUUUUGAAUCUGUAGCUCAUUACUAACUACGAGUUUUAUUUAUUUAAGUUUAACUGUAGUUUCAAUUUAAGAUUAAAAUAGGUAGCUCAGAGCACAAAAGUAUUUUCUGUAUGAAACACAAUUUUUAUAUAUUUAGUUACUUAAAUUUCUUCCAAAUGAAAUAAUAAUUAAAUUUGGAAAUACAUUAUAUUAUGAGCCAAGUACUGUCUUACUUCUAUUUUAAUAAAUCAAACAAUGUGUUGGAUUAAUGUAUUAAAAAAAAAAAUUAACUUAUGCAAUCAAAAUAAGCUGUUUAUAACCAGCAGCAUUAUUUUAUUUUAUGUCUACCAAACUACAUGUGUUCCAAAUAAAGUUAAUUUAAUGUUAAAUGCAUCAAAAUAGAUCUUUACCUAUGUUCAUGUAUAUUUAGAAAAGCUGUUAAACUGCGAAGAAGAAUAUUUUUGUUUUUAGAUCUUAUGAAUUUUAUACACUGUCAUGUUAUGGCUAUAUGCUUAUAUUUUUUAACAUUAGUAAUAAUAAUUUUAAUUUUCUUAUU